AAGUAAACACACCCUCUCCUCUCCACGUGAUCAUGUCUGGAAACUGACGUUCCUGAGCUCAGGCCGCGCAGGCGCAGUGGACUGAAGCAGAGAUGGUGGAAGGACCCGGAUGCACCCUGAAUGGAGAGAGAAUCCGCGCGAAAGUCCAAAAAGGACAGAAGGUGGUAAAAGUGAGCGGCGCCUCCGCAGCUAGAAAUGAUGGCAUUGGUCCCUCUGUCCACUGCAUCACUGGAUGCACAUACACCGGAGUGCAGACGCUGGGCAAAGAGCUGUUCAUGUAUUUUGGCCCCAGAGCUUUAAGGCUGCACUUUGGCAUGAACGGGUCGAUGCGAAUAAACCCAGCUGAAAUGCGGGAUGGAAGAGGACAUUCACCCACCUUUCUCAUCCACCUGACCAAGGACACAAUCUGCUUCUUUGACUCCACUGUGGAAAUCCGGCUGUCUGAGGACUGUGAAGAGAAGGUUCGAGUCAAGGCGAGUUUGGACGUUUGUUCUCCCGCCUUCAGUGUGUCCCGUGCGGUGGAGGCCAUGUGUAUGGAGAGUGGUCGGAUGCUGUGUGACGUCCUGCUGGAUCAGGCUGUCCUGCCAGGCGUCGGGAACAUCAUCAAAAACGAAGCGCUCUUCAACAGCGGCCUCAACCCUGCUGUCAAGGUGAACCAGCUGACGAAUGAACAGGUCAAGCAUUUGGUGAAAAUGACCCGAGACUUCACCGUGCUCUUUUAUCAGUGUCGUAAGAGAGGCUCUUCACUGAAUCAGCGCUGUAAAGUGUACAGACGCUCCACCUGCGGUCAAUGCAGUGGAAAGAUCACCUUAUGUCGUCUAGGAGACAACAACAGGAUGACGUACUUCUGCCAACGCUGUCAGACUGAAGAUCCAGCUGAGCUCAAUGUCAGUAAGCUGCCCGGUCUGAACACUUUGCUAGAAUGGACGAGUCAGGAAGACAAGAGCAGCAGUGAUCACGUCGCUAUGAGGGAGGAGGAAGAGUGGUCAUGUGACCUUUGCACUCUGAUUAACAGACCAGUCAGCAAAUCCUGUGAGGCUUGUCUGAGCCCUCGGCCUGAGAUUUCUAGAGAUGCAGCACAGCAGCCACAGUUGCCCAGCUCUCUGAUUCGCUACCCCUGCAACAGCUUCUCCAGCCCCCAGCAAGACCUGAAACUGAACCGCAGGGCCGUUUUCGGAAACACCACUCUGAUCCUGACUGACCUCAACCAAAAACCUGCUGCAGCUCUGAAGAGUCCUCUGGCAGGAACACUUGAGCUCCAGAACAGCAGACGCAGCACUGAGAUUGUGACACUGCCUACACAAUCCUCUCCUGGAUCUCCCAGCCAGCCCAGCAAGAGAAGAAAAACAGAAGGAGGACACGUUCCUGGAGGACACAGCCAGCAUUCCUCAGGUGGCACACAGAACCAACCGGCAUCUUCACCCACAACCCCCUGCUGCACCACCCAUCGCCGGCCCACCGUCCUGAGAGUGGUCAAUAAAGUGGGAGCGAACAAAGGCAGGCAGUUCUACACCUGCUCAUUACCCAGAGGAUCCCAGUGUGACUUCUUUGAGUGGGCAGAUCUGCACUUCCCUCUGUGUCACCAUGCCAAACGCACCUUGAUGAGGACUGUUCUGAAACUGGGACCCAACAACGGCCGAAACUUUUACGUGUGUCCACUCAAACAGGAUCAGCAGUGUGACUUCUUUCAGUGGGUUUAAAACAGCCCUGAGCCCAAUGGUCUGCCUGGACCCUAAACCACUCAAACCCAUCUAAAUCAUGCACAUCCUAAACAUUUGUUGUUGUCGUCAUUUUUAAAUGUCUUUUAAAUAUGUUAACAGAGUUGUUAGUAAUUCUGAUGCACUUCUUUAGUAAUGGCCAAAUAGAAUUUAGUUAGGGUUGUUUGUAUUUUAUAUGUAUAUGUAUUAUUAUUACAUUAUGUCUUGUUAAAAAACAUUCACUUUAAAUAUUCACAAUUAUAUUAUAAGCUAUAUAUGGUGUAUAAAUGUAGCCAUUUGCAAAAGAUGGAGUGUCCCUGGUCAAACUGAAUGUUUUGUUGAUUUUCUAAGUGAAAAUAAGAUGCAUCUUCUACAGAGAGCUCACUUCUCCAUGUUUAAUGUACAGUUUAAAAUAAAAUGUGGACCAUGCAAAACUUUA